AUGUACGUCCAUGACAUCCCUGUCCGUCACACUCCUCUAACAUGCACUUCCUUCAACAUCCACUUCCUUGAUGUCAAUUCUGCAUCGUUCACAAUUCCUCCCAUUCUUCUCCCGCAGCUUCAACCACCACUUUCCAUCUCUUCAUUCCCCUAAACCCUUAUAAUAUCCCGUCUUUCACACGCUUACAGCAUACCCUUUGUUCCCUUUUCCUACGUCCACCUUUCCUUGGACCCUUACAUAUCCAAGAUCUAUCCGCACAAUCUCGCAGACCAGUGUCCUUCCCUCGCGCUCGCUCCGCCGUAUCGCAUCACGCUGCUGCUAUCUCGUU